GAUGCUCAUAGAUCAACCCCUUGUUCUAUUUCUUCUUCUUCUUCUUCUUCUACAUUCAUCUUUUAGCAUUGAUGUCAAAAAUAGUUAGUGCACCACCUCUUGCGGCAAGGUCCCCAACAUAAACAAACCAUUUCGGUUGAAGGGCGACCCAAAGGGCUGCAGUGACCCAAACUAUAAACUAGCUUGCAUAAAUAAUCUUACCGUUCUAGAUUUGUACUCGGGCUAGUACUAUGUACAGUACAUGGCUCAUCGAUGUUGGGCUACGAAAGGGUAAUUGCUCGUCUCUUCCUCUUCGCUCUUUGUCAUGCGGCAAUUUCAACUACAAUCCGGUUUGAUAUGUAUGCGGGAAAUACAUGUACACUGGUCCAAAGUUAUCCAAGAUUGUGGCAAUUGUGGACUGUACAAAGUCCGUCGAUUCUCGAUAUUACAUUAACGCUUCCUCAUGCCUUGAUGGGGUCGAAUUUUCAGAAUUCUCUAGGACAAGAAGGCGAGUAUAUGCCGUGGUCGAUCCGAAGGUCUCGUGGGUGGAAACUUCUUGCACCAUUGAGCAUAUGGCAAUGAUACCAUGGUGGGUUGAUGGCAAUUAUCUUCGUUCCUAUGCGCAAAUUCAUGAACAGAUGGUUUAUGGGUUUGAGCUUUCAUGGCGUCAAAAAGCCUGUAAGAUGGAAGUUCAAAGAUUGUUAUACGUGCAACAUCAGCGACAAGCACCAAAUUUAUUGCCAGGCCAAGAAAGGAAAAAUCGACCGUUACCUCUUGUUUAUCGUCUGGGUAAUUCAAAUGCUCUCGGAAAAUGGAAUCGUGCCAUUCGUGGUUGUGAAAUUCAUCUUGGGAGCCCCAUUGGUGAUGAUGUUGCUCCUACAGAUAUGGAGAAGACACUUAGCAAUGGAUCAAAACGUUGAAGAAUUUUUGCAAUCUAACAAUUACUUCUUACCUAUAAGAUACUCUUACUCGGACGGGCGGUCUUAAGGACAAACUA